AUGAUUGUAUCUUGGAACAUAAGGGGACUAAAUAAAGCGGUUAAGACAAAAGAGGUUAGCUUCCGCCUUCUUACUCUUAACCUCAUGAUUGUUGUAUUGAUUAAGACUAGAGUUAAAAAAGAUAAAUCUGAUAAAGUGAGAAGUAAGAUCAAGCUUAGAGGCUCCUGCAUAGAUAACUACCAAACCCAUGAUAAUGGUAAGCUGUGGAUCUAG